CAAUUCAGCCCCGAUGGUACCACUGUUCUCACCUACAAUGAGGACCAGAACCUCCGAACGUUCAUUUUGCCUUCAGACCUACUGGAGAACGAGGAGAGCACUGCACCGCAUCACCUGGUUGCAUCGUCCGACUUUUCAUGUCCAUCCAAUCUCCAGAGCACCGCCAUAUAUCCAGGCUACCAACUCUCCGAUGCUAGUACAACGUUGAUACUGACUGCCAAUAAUGCCAUCCCGAUCACUCUUCGCAACACUCUGCUGCUUAGUCAUGUUCAUGCAUCGUACCCUUUCGUCGACGCCAACACGGAAGCUCAUCUUUCUGCGCGAAGCCUCCUGUUCAGCGCGAGUGGCGGACACUUCGUCGCUGGCGGAGAAGAUCGUUUCGCGCUCUUUGAUGUUUCGCGAUCCGGCGAGGGUCCUAUACUAUGGCGGCCUUUACGACGAUCUAAGGGCGCACGGAAAGCGGGAUUCGGAUUAGGCGCUGCGGAAUGUGCUGGAACUGUAAGCGCGAUCAGUCUAGAGCCCUCGGCGGCUGUCGACGCUGGCGACGGUGGCUUGUUGGCUGUGGGCACGCUCUCAAGGCAGGUUGGACUGUUCGCCCACGGAGGCGGAGGUGACUGCGCAGCCGGAUUCUCAAUCGCCUUGGACGGUGAUGAACAGGCACAGCAUAAAGGUGCAGGAGUCUCCUCGAUCACAUGGUCCCCUUGCGGACAAUACCUCUUGAUUGCGGAGCGUCAAAGCCAUGUCAUUCAAGUCUACGAUGUAAGAAACUCUGGCAGGAGACUUGCAUUGUUGACAGGGCGAAAUGCUUGCUCCAUGCAAAGGAUGGGCAUGGAUGUCGUCCGUACCGCCACAAGUUACGAGGCCUGGGCCGGUGGCAAGGAUGGUGUAGUGAGGAUGUGGAGUCGGCCUGGGUCGAAAGAAGGCCUGGUCGAUCCUGAUGCCUCAUUUCACGCACAU